GGGUCCGGCUGCACGCGCCACCUGCGGGGCUGACUGGCUUCCUCUUUCUGAGGGGGGAACACAGUUUCCCCGCGGGAGUUCGGGAGCGCGCGGACUGGCGCGCACACAGGCUGGCAUCCACACACGCCAGAGCGCGCUAUCAUCCCUGCCUGCUGCAUCCCCGGCCGGGCAGUCGGAGCUGCUGCAGUUUCCCUGAGCCCAGAGUCGAGGGGAAGGCAGAACCAUUGUGCCUCCGAGAGAGACAGGUGUCAGCCGGCCCCUUUGGGUAUCAAGCCCAGCAGACUGCUCCCCCUCAUCGGUGGGAAUGCUUGCUGAUUCUCCGGAACACUUCUAAGCCUGACUGCAAGUAGCCAGCUGGAGGAUGCCGUCGGAACGCUGCCUCAGCAUUCAAGAGAUGCUGACGGGCCAGAGGCUGUGCCACUCAGAAUCUCACAAUGACACCGUCCUCGCAGCACUGAACCAGCAAAGAAGUGAUGGUAUUCUCUGUGACGUGACCCUGAUUGCCGAGGAACAGAAAUUCCACGCUCACAAGGCAGUCCUAGCGGCCUGCAGCGACUACUUCCGGGCCAUGUUCAGUCUUUGUAUGGUUGAGAGUGAAGCCGAUGAAGUAAACUUACGAGGUGUGACCAGCCUGGGCUUAAAGCAGGCCCUGGAGUUUGCCUACACAGGACAGAUUUUGUUGGAGCCAGGCGUGAUCCAGGAUGUGUUGGCAGCUGGCAGUCACCUGCAGUUGUUGGAGCUUCUCAACUUGUGUUCCCACUAUCUCAUCCAGGAACUAAAUAGCUUUAAUUACUUGGAUCUGUACAGACUUGCUGACCUCUUUCACCUCACUUUGCUGGAGAAGGCUGUGAUUGAUUUCCUAGUGAAGCAUCUCUCGGAGCUUCUAAAGAGUCGCCCAGAGGAUGUUCUCACGCUUCCCUACUGUCUGCUUCAGGAAGUGCUAAAGAGUGACCGCUUGACCUCCCUGAGUGAAGAGCAGAUCUGGCAGCUAGCCGUCCGGUGGCUGGAACACAACUGCCAUUACCAGCAUUUGGACGAGCUGCUGCAGUACAUCCGCUUUGGACUAAUGGAUGUGGAUACCCUCCACACGGUUGCCCUGUCCCACCCCCUGGUCCAGGCAAGUGAGGCGGCAACUGCCCUCGUCAAUGAGGCUCUGGAAUACCACCAAAGCAUCUAUGCCCAGCCUGUGUGGCAGACCCGCAGGACCAAACCGCGGUUCCAGUCAGACACUCUCUAUAUCAUUGGUGGGAAAAAGCGUGAGGUCUGUAAAGUCAAGGAGCUUCGGUACUUCAAUCCUGUGGAUCAGGAGAACGCUCUCAUAGCCGCUAUUGCCAACUGGAGUGAGCUGGCUCCUAUGCCAGUGGGAAGGAGCCAUCACUGUGUGGCGGUCAUGGGGGACUUCCUGUUUGUAGCCGGAGGGGAAGUGGAGCAUGCCAGUGGCCGGACGUGUGCCGUGAGGACUGCCUGCCGCUAUGACCCUCGCAGUAAUUCCUGGGCAGAGAUAGCACCCAUGAAAAACUGCCGGGAGCAUUUUGUGCUGGGUGCCAUGGAGGAAUACCUCUAUGCAGUAGGGGGCAGAAAUGAACUGCGCCAGGUUCUGCCUACAGUGGAAAGAUACUGCCCCAAGAAGAACAAAUGGACUUUUGUGCAGUCCUUUGACCGAUCCCUUUCGUGUCACGCUGGAUAUGUGGCUGAUGGUCUUCUUUGGAUAUCAGGUGGAGUAACUAACACGGCACAGUAUCAAAACAGACUGAUGGUGUAUGAACCCAACCAGAAUAAGUGGAUAAGCCGUAGCCCCAUGCUCCAGAGAAGGGUCUACCACUCCAUGGCCGCCGUCCAGAGGAAACUCUAUGUUCUUGGAGGCAAUGACCUAGACUACAAUAAUGACCGGAUUCUCGUGCGCCAUAUAGAUUCUUACAACAUUGACACUGACCAGUGGACACGCUGUAAUUUCAACUUGUUGACCGGCCAGAAUGAAUCUGGAGUUGCUGUCCAUAAUGGGAGAAUAUAUUUGGUUGGUGGAUAUUCGAUUUGGACAAAUGAGCCUCUGGCUUGUAUCCAGGUACUGGAUGUAAGCAGAGAAGGCAAAGAAGAGGUGUUCUAUGGACCUACACUUCCCUUUGCUUCGAAUGGCAUAGCGGCAUGCUUCCUUCCAGCUCCGUAUUUCACGUGCCCUAACCUUCAGACCCUGCAGGUGCCUCAUCAUAGAAUUGGCACUGUCUGAGAAGCCAGCACCGUUAGACAGCAUCAGGAGCCCGAAGGAGAGCUUGACAUCUGGAUACAGGCCACGAACAUCCUCAGUGCUCCAUGCUUCCCUGUCAUGUUUUACAGGUCUAAAAUUGUAUAAAUACUAGCAAAAAAGAAAAAAAAAAGAGCAAUUUUCUAAAACAUAUUGCAAGAAUUCCAUCACUUCUUUUCCAUGUAUGUUAACACACGUAUGUAUAAUUUUUGUUGUGGUGCACCUUAAUGCUGUCCGAUGGGCACAUCACUGUUUCAUGGAUCUUUAAGGCAUUCCUCUUACCUUGUUCUUAUCAGCGCCAUCCAGGGUCACGUGACACGGUUAGUAAGGCACCUAUCACGGUGGCAUUGGUUGUCUCCUAAUCUUCCGCACUUCUGCCCUUGACUGCUUAAGCAUCAGAACACUGGUCAUUUUUCAAAGCGUUGUCACAUUCUGCAGCUCUGCUCAGGAGAGGUCAGCAGGGUGAUGUUGUAAGCGUUAAGUGCCAUGUGUUACUCAAGCUGACAGGGGCAGCCGACUUGGAAAAAGUAGAUUUCCAGCCCUGCUUACUCUGCCCUUGUGUGGGAACUUUAGGCCUCAAAAGAUGUUAACUGCUCAUCUCCACGUUAAUUGAAAAGAAUGCCGUGAGAAUCAGGCAAAUGCUCAGAACUUUGCCUAAGAAGAAAAGUUACUCAAGUUCUAAGGUGUUUUAUUGUCUUUUAGAACCUUGUUAACUGAACCACAUCCUGUGGAACAAAUGAGUCUAAGAAUAUCAGGAAGACACUGUACCUAUCCUAACUAGGAACACCAAAGAUCCCUAAGCUUGUAAAAAUUUUUGCCUGAAAAAAUUCUCUUAAAUGCCUCGUCUUAAAAAACAAAAAUUAUCUGUACUAGCCAUGGUACACAGAAGGCUGUGACAUAAGUCUGAACUGAGAGUGGGCAGUUCCAAUGGACAUUUUCCAAGUUACUAAAGGCUAUGUCAAUCUUGAGUGCUUCUGGGAUUCCCCACCACUGCCAAUACAUUUUUUUAUUACUACCACUUUUAAUGAUGCACAGUUCUUUUUUUAGUUUAGAUUUUUGGGUUCGCUUUAUCUACAACCAAAAUAAAUCAUCUUAAUAAUAAUAUUUUAACAUAAACUCAACAUGUUUGGUUUCCUAAUCUUGCCAAGACUUGAGGUCAUUUUUAUUAAACAGCUGCUUUCCCACUGCCGCUCGGUCAUUCCAGCAGUGCCUAUGUCACAAACUUUUAACUGUGGAACCACAUUUUUUUUUUAAUCUUCAUAAGUAAAUGAAAAAAUAACCCUUUUCUGUUUGUUUAGGGUGGCUUCGAUAGGCUAUGUAACUAUGCUAGCACCCAACUCAUGAUCCUCUCAAAUAAAAUAAUGUGUUUAUCCUAGCAAUCUAACUUUAAGCACCGCGUAAGGAUACCUAAUGCAUGGUUCUCGAGAGUAAAAAUGAUCUAGUUACUGGGUUACAGGACAGGAAGAGAUGAAAAGGGCGAGGAAGAAAGGUAACAAACUCGAGUCAGACAGAGCAGCGGCAGCUGGUGCGGACAGACGCUGCAAGCACUUAAAAAGCUGCCUUGGAGCCUUCAGAAAUAAACUUAGACGUCCUGUCAUUCUCAAAAGUGCAUUCCUGUCCUGCUGAAUUCUUACAGUACAGGCAUAGAAAACAAGUGUUUCAGACUUACUGAUGUCUCUAAAACCAUUAAAUACAUAAUGCUAUAGUAAACAAAUAUAUAUAUGUAAUAUAUAUAUAUGUAACAAAUAUAUAAAUGAACAAAUAGUUAUAUUCCCAGGUCCUAUUACCUGAAUGAAAGGAAAUGGCUUCAAAGUAAGCUUGCCCGAAUGACAACCUUAGACGUUCUGGAUUCAUUUCUAAGCAUUCAUUUAAGUCAGUAUAAACUACCAGUUAGUUUCCCCUUGAUUGUGUUCAUGGCAUACUUCUUGCCAAGUAUGGACAUAUUCUUCACAUCUCUAAUCAAAGAAGAGCAUCAAAACUAUCACACGCCUUUACUACAAAAAAAGAAGAACCAUACUGCACAGUUAGAUCCCUUCCCCCAAAUCGUCUGCAAUGAGGAAAACAAUCUAUGGAAUUAUAGUUGAUGUAUAUUAUAAGCAAAUCCCAUUUGGAACACUGUUAUAUACCUAUCUACUAUUCAAGUGUAGUAUCCAUUAGUAAUUUGUCUUCUAUUUCCAAUCCUCAGCAUUAAAGGCUGGAUUUUACUUUCCCUAUAGGACCAAAAGACUUUGAAGCACCUAAAUAUCACUUGAGGAUUCUACUUUAAAACAUAAACUGAGUUUCCACAAUAAUUCUGUUGUGAAAGGCAAAGCUGGCAAAGACAUGACUCUCCAUCUACAAUGUAAGAUGCAAUAAACCCCCUAAUCUUUAAAAAUAAGAUGUGUUG